AUGUACGACGUCACCGAUGCUGCCUCCAUCAAUUCCGACCACCAGGAGCUGAUGGCACCGUGGGCCUACAAUGGUGCCGCCGUGACACUUUUCUUCAUAGGGUUCUUCGGAUUUUUUCUCAACAUCUUCGUUAUUGCCCUCAUGUACAAGGAUGUACAGCUAUGGACGCCAAUGAAUAUCAUUCUAUUCAAUCUAGUUUGUUCCGACUUUUCCGUAUCGAUCAUUGGAAAUCCGCUCACCCUAACGUCCGCCAUUUCCCACCGUUGGCUGUUCGGGAAAAGUGUUUGCGUGGCGUAUGGUUUUUUCAUGUCACUGCUAGGAAUCACUUCAAUCACAACCCUUACAGUGCUUUCGUACGAGAGAUUCUGUUUGAUCAGCCGCCCGUUCACCGCCCAGAACCGCUCGAAACAAGGAGCCUGCCUGGCCGUGCUGUUCAUAUGGAGCUAUUCAUUUGCCCUUACCUCACCGCCACUGUUUGGCUGGGGCGCCUACGUCAACGAGGCAGCAAACAUAAGCUGCUCGGUGAACUGGGAGUCUCAGACGGUGAAUGCAACGAGCUACAUCAUAUUUCUCUUCAUAUUUGGCCUGAUACUCCCACUAGCGGUUAUUAUUUAUAGCUACAUCAACAUCGUACUCGAAAUGCGCAAGAACUCCGCACGCGUGGGUCGUGUAAACCGUGCCGAACGACGCGUCACCUCCAUGGUGGCGGUGAUGAUCGUCGCGUUCAUGGUCGCGUGGACGCCGUACGCCAUUUUUGCACUGAUCGAACAGUUCGGACCGCCGGAACUGAUCGGCCCCGGACUGGCAGUGUUGCCAGCGCUCAUCGCCAAAUCGAGCAUCUGCUACAACCCGAUCAUCUACGUCGGCAUGAACACGCAGUUCCGGGCCGCCUUCUGGCGUAUACGGCGCUCGAACGGAGUAGCCGGCCAGCUGGAGAGCAACAACACCACCAGUCGGGAGAAGGACUCGCGCAGCACCGCGAAGGAUGUGCUGGAGUGCAGUUGGGACUUUUGCCAUUGGACGGUGCGCGGCACCAGGGUAAGCAUCUCGUCCGCCGAUCGGGACGCUCGAUCAGCUGAUGAACGAUCCAGGGAACGGUCGAGCGGAAAUAUUACAGGUUCGAAGGAGGGUGACCGACAUGUGGCACUCAAACUGAUGCACAGCAAUCCACGCUUCCCGUCUAGCGUCGAACCGGUGGCCGAAUAUAGUGCGUCGGGUGUAGUUCAUAGUGGCGAUAGUAGUGUCAAAUUCGUGCGACAGGACUCGGAAUUAUCUGUGAUCCAUGAUGGUAAGGUACUCGUUAUCAAAUCGUCAAUACCACCUUCGGAUAUGUUGUAA